AACGUACACUAAUUUGUGAAUCAAUCAAAUACUAUUCCUUACCUCAUUUCAUUUCAACAAUUCAAUUCAACUAAUUCCAAACUGACAUCAUAUCAUUCACAACAAUUUAUUAUUAUAUUCCUUUUUCUUCCUGAGCAUUUAUAUAUCGAACUAAUAUAUUAUUACGAUAAACUCAAAAUUCGAAAAAGUUGAAAAAUACAAUUCUGAUGGCAGCGAUUGGGGAAUGCACCACUGUUGCUUCCUUUGUUCGUAGUUUCUCUUUCAUUAAUCAUAGAUCAUACAAUUACAAAAGCUUUUUUCUUUUAUUAUUAUUAUUAUUAUUAUUAUUAUUCUUAUUCUCAUCGUUCAUUUUGCAUUCUCAUUCUUCUUCAUCUUUUUUUCCUCCAUAAUAAUAAUCUCCACCAACUAUACUAUUACUUAAUUGUUUUUGCUAUUCCCCAAAAUCUAACCACACAUCUCAAUCACACAUCCUUCUCACAAAUUAAGACUUAAAAUGUUCUUCAUUUCCCGUUUAGAGAGAGAGAGUUUCUUGCUGAAAUGUUAGAGAGAGAAACUCGAAAUUCAAACUUUUAGUCACUCUAAAAUCUCUUCUUCUUCGUUUGUUUUUGGUUUCUGUGUUGUUUCUGAGUGUGAAUUUUUGGGAGCAAGUGUUAUUGUUCCUUAGGGUUCAAUUUGUUAGGGUUUUGAGCUUGAUCUUCGGCUAUGGAGAACUGUUCAGAAGUAGAGAAGAAGAAGAAGCCCCCGGAAGAGGAGAACAAGGUCAAGCGCAAAAUGAAAACUGCUUCACAGUUGGAGAUUCUGGAAAAAGCAUAUGCAGCUGAGCCUUACCCUUCUGAGGAGUUCCGAGUUGAGCUAUGUGUCAAGUUGGGUUUAUCUGAUCGUCAAUUGCAGAUGUGGUUCUGUCACCGCAGACUAAAGGAUAGGAAGGCUGUUAAGACGGCUGCAUCGAUUUCGGCACCAACCGUGGAAGGUGUUGAGCAAAUAGAAAUUGCGGAUGUUAGGCAUGAUCAUGGUUUGGUUUCUGUUUUGAAGCUAAUUGAUCACGACGACUUGCGGCGAGUUGUGCCGCAGCAUGGGAUGAUGGCAUAUCCUAGGAUGGGAGCUGGAUUGCAUGCAAUGGAUAGCAGCAGCAGUUUCCAUGAACCUCAACUGACCAUACUGGAGCUGCGAGCUAUUGCAUUUGUGGAAAGACAGUUGGGGGAGGCAUUAAGAGAGGAUGGACCCAUUCUUGGGAUGGAGUUUGAUUCCUUGCCGCCGGGUGCAUUUGGCGCGCCAUUAGUAUGCACACCGCAGGGAUUAAUUUCAGAACAAAUAUUAAAGGGAUUCUGGCCAAAACGACGAGGACCAAAAGGGGUAGUGUCAAUAGGGCAACACAGGGAAUCUGAACUGCCUGUUGAGGCAAAAGUUUAUGAACAUCUGAAUAAGGGCGUUUCAAGGACUCUCCAUGAAUAUCAAUUUAUUCCAGAGCAGCCUACUGUUAGAAACGAGAUGUAUGCGAGAGUUACCACAUCUAUCCACUUUAGUUCUCUUGAUGGUGUUCCACAUUCUGGGACUACACUAUCUAGUGGGCAAUCUUUCCUUAAUGGUAAUGAAUUUGCACCUAAUGUGUAUGGAGUCCAAGGUCAGAAGAUACCUAGUCUAAAUCUUUUGUCUCAGUCUCAGCAAGGUAGGCCGAACAAUCUUAUGUUUUCUGCUUCAGGAGGGAAUGAUGAUGUUCCACGAAAGAACCCAUUUGUCGAUGUAACUCUUGACACUCAUAGGGUGGCUGACCAAGUAACUCCAAUUGACAGCCCUCUAGUGCCAUCAGAUAGGAGGGUUAUCCACGAGGAGGAACUUUCAAGAUUUCAAAGGAAGCGAAAGAAUGAAGAGGCUCGAAUGCAACGGGAAUUUGAAGCGCAAGAGAAAAGAAUUAGGAAAGAGCUUGUAAAACAGGAUAUCCUAAGGCAAAAGAGAGAGGAACAAAUAAAGAAAGAGAUGGAGAGGCAAGAACGUGAAAGGAAGAAGGAAGAGGAACGGUUAUUGCGUGAAAGACAGCGAGAGGAGGAGAGAUUCCUAAGAGAGCAGAGGCGUGAACAGGAGCAGCGGGAGAAGUUUUUGCAGAAGGAAUCAAUCAGAGUUGAGAGACUGAGACAAAAGGAAGAACUACGGAGGGAGAAAGAGGCAGCAAGGAUUAAAGCUUCCAGUGAGAGAGCUAUUGCCCGCAGAAUGGCUAAAGAAUCAAUAGACCUUAUUGAAGAUGAACAUCUGGAACUCAUGGAGUUAGCUGCAUCAAAGAAGGGGCUAUCUUCAAUAUUGGCUCUCGACUACGAAACUAUGCAAAAUCUUGAAUCAUACGGAGACGGGCGGACUUCCUUCCCACCCAAGUCUGUACGGUUGAAAAAAGCUUUUUCUAUUCAACCUUGGUCAGAUUCUGACGAGAACGUAGGAAAUCUUCUGAUGGUUUGGAGGUUCUUGAUUACCUUUGCUGAUGUUCUUGGAAUAUGGCCAUUUACCUUGGAUGAGCUUUUACAAGCUUUUCAUGACUAUGACCCUAGGAUAUUAGGUGAGAUCCAUAUUGCUCUUCUGAGAUCCAUUUUAAAAGAUAUUGAGGAUGUUGCAAGAACACCCACUACUGGAUUAGGGGCUAACCAAAACAACAUUACGAACUCUGGUGGAGGGCAUCCACAGGUAGUUGAAGGGGCAUAUGUAUGGGGUUUUGAUAUAAGAAAUUGGCAGUGGCAUUUAAAUCCAUUAACAUGGCCAGAGAUUUUGCGACAAUUCGCAUUGUCAGCUGGAUUUGGGCCUCUGAUGAAGAAACAGAAUAUUGAGCAGGUGCAUCCAUGCAAUGAGGGUAAUGAUGGUAAAGAUAUAAUUUCGAAUCUACGCAGUGGAGCUGCUGUUGAAAAUGCUGUUGCUAUUAUGCAAGAGAAGGGAUUACCUAAUCGAAGAACAUAUAGGCCUCGUUUGACGCCUGGAACUGUCAAAUAUGCUGCAUUUCAUGUCCUUUCUCUGGAAGGUAGCAGAGGCCUCAAUAUAUUAGAACUUGCAGACAAGAUUCAGAAAUCUGGCCUUCGUGAUCUUACAACAAGCAAAGCACCAGAGGCUUCUAUAGCUUCUGCUUUGUCUAGGGAUACAAAACUAUUUGAAAGGACAGCUCCUUCAACAUAUUGUGUACGUCCUGCAUAUAGAAAGGACCCAGCUGAUUCUGAAGCAAUUUAUUCAGCUGCGAGGGAAAAAAUCAGGGUUUUCAAAAGUGGAUUUGUGGGUGCAGAAGAAGCUGAUGAUGGUGAAAGGGAUGAAAAUUCUGAAAGUGAUAUGGCAGAAAAUCAUGAGAUUGAUGAUUUGGGAGCUGAAACAAAUACGAAAAAAGAGGUCUCAAAUUCUGAGAAAUUUAAUGCAAACACUGUAAUGAGAAAUGGGAAGGAUAAUGGCGAGGGUUUUCAAACUCCUGAUAGUUGCCAUGAGAAAGUGGAUGAGGGUUUAGCGUCAACUGUUGAUGAAGGCUUCAACAAGCAUAAAGAUGUCCAUACAUCUAGUGAAAUUGCUGUUUGCAGCCAUGAUGUUACUAAUCCUAUUCUAGAAGGUAUGGAUGUUGAUGAAAACACUCUAGGUGAACCAUGGGCACAAGGACUUAUGGAGGGAGAGUACUCGGAUCUUAGUGUAGAGGAGCGUCUUCACGCUCUUGUUGCUUUGAUUAAUGUGGCAAUUGAAGGGAAUUCUAUUCGUCUUAUACUUGAGGAACGUCUAGAAGCCGCAAAUACUUUAAAGAAGCAGAUAUGGGCUGAGGCACAGCUUGAUAAACGCCGUAUCAAAGACGAUUGUUUUGUUAAAUUGCAGUCGUUCUCAUAUUUGGGCAACAAAAAUGAACCAGCUGUUACAUUUCCAUCAGUAGAGGGUAAACAGUGCCCAUUGCACACUGUUCAUGUCAAAAUUGAUAAGGCUUCAGUCACUCCCUAUGACCAGCAUGAACAGAUAAAUGCACUACAGGGAAAUCAAAAUCAUCUGCAGAGUUCCCUAUUAGAUGUGAACAUACAGAGGCAAGAUUGUCCUACUGGCCCAGAUAAUUGUUCUCUCCAACAAUCUGGAUAUGUUGCUGAAAAAUCAAGAUCAAAUUUCAAAUCAUAUAUUGGCCACUUGGCGGAACAAACUUACAUGUAUAGAUCAUUGCCUCUUGGUUUGGAUAGAAGACGAAACCGAUACUGGCAAUUCAUUACAUCUGCCUCUCAAAACGAUCCAGGUUGUGGCAGGAUAUUUGUGGAAUUGCAUGAUGGCUGUUGGAAGCUGAUUGAUUCUGAAGAGGGUUUUGAUGCCCUAUUAGCAUCAUUGGACUUACGUGGGAUCAGGGAGUCCCACUUGCAUAUGAUGCUGCAAAGAAUUGAGAUGUCAUACAAGAACUCUGUUAGAAGAAAUGUCCAAAAUGGUGAUAUGGGAAUUCAAAAUGGAGACACCAUGAAGAAACUCAAGACAGAAACAGUUAAAAUGGGUACAGACCAAGAUUGCAGUGCCACUUCUGUCUAUGUGGAUGAUUUGGAUACAUCAGUGACCUCAACAUCUUUUAUGGUUCAGCUCGGAAGAAAUGAAGUUGAGAACAAAGAUGCUUAUAUGAGAUACUGGGACUUUGAGAAAUGGAUGCAAAAGCAAUGUCUAAAUUGCUCAGUAUCAUUUGCAAUGAAGUUUGGGAAGAAGAGGUGCAACCAACUGCUGCUAAUGUGUGAUUUAUGCCAUCGUGUCUAUUUCUCUAGAGGAACGCCGUCGCCAUGUCCUUCAUGCCACAGAACUUCCACUAGUCAGGACAACUCCAGUUCUUAUGAAUGUAUUGCACGUUCUGAAGGCAAAAGGAAGAUUGGCACUCACCUUUUUAAUCAUCCAUCCUCUUCUCCAUUCAGAAUGAGAUUGCUCAAAAUCCUCCUGUCGGUUGUUGAGGUAACCCUUCCUCAAGAAGCUCUUCAGCCUUUUUGGACAGAGAGGUACAGGAAGUCUUGGAGUUCAAAGCUGGAAGCUUCAUCAUCACCUGAAGACAUUCUGCAGACAUUGACUGCAUUGGAAGGUGCUAUAAAAAGGGAGUAUUUGGCUCCAGACUAUGAAACUACCAGUGAGCUGUUAGGUACCGUUUGCUCUUCUGGAUGUCUCCCUAAUGAUACCAUUGGCGGUGGACAGAUACCUGUACUUCCAUGGGUGCCAUAUACAACUGCUGCUGUGGCUCUAAGGCUCAUGGAACUAGAUGCAUGCAUCUUUUACACCUCACAGCAGAAGCUGGAGUCCGAGAAGGAUAAAAAAAACGGAGUUGUUAUACUUCCAUCAAAAUAUGCUGCUGCCAAAAAUUCGUACAAUGCCAGUGUGAUCGAAACUUCAUUUCAGGCUAAGCACGCUGUAGAGAACUUGGGUGCUCUUGGUGCUGGACUUGAGAGCUACAGCAGAGGACAAAGGACUCGACUAGGCCGUGGUCAUUCUCAUGGUCAAAGAUCACAAGGAAGAGUUUCUAGUUCGAGACCCACUUCCAGAAAGAGAAGCACUACCUCUAACAACAGGAAAAUAGGAAAAUUACUUGGAUGGAAAGGGAGGCCGAACGGACAAGGACAAUUUUGUGGUCGGAGGAGCAUUAGAAGCUGGCAAAAACCAGCAGCCAAGACGGAUGUGCUCAAUAGUAAGAGGGAUACCCGAAAUGUUAUCAAGGAGAAAACACCAAUCUUUGUCAGAGAAGAGAUUAAUGAAAGUAAAACAGAAGCCAGUGCUCUAAAUGCUAGGAAUUCAGAGACAUCAGACAAUGAAGAAGAUCUUUAUCAAGCAACAGGAGAUGAGUAUGAUUAUCUGGUCGGUAAUAAUAAUAAUGGUGGAUAUCAGGGUGGAUUUUGUGGAAAAUCUGAUAACUUAAUAGAACAGAGCCACUAUAUUUUGGAUGAUGAGGAAGAUGGGGAUAUGGAUAACGAUGACAAUGUCAAUGAUGACAAAGAAGAUGGGCAAGUCGAUCUUAAUGUUGAAGAUUAUAUAAUUGGAGAGGACUCAAAAGAUGCAGGGUAUAACAGAGAAAUAAUUGCAGAACAAAAUGAGGAACCGGAUGGAGUCUUUUCUACAUCAUCAGAUUACAUUGAUUAAAUGUAGCUCAGAGAAUAUAUGUAGCGUGUAGUAAAAACAGGCCAUAAGUUAAAUUUUGGCAUUUUUUGUGUAGUAAUGCAGGAAUAGGCCAAUAUCAGGUCCUUGGGAUAGAAUUUGUAUGCUGCAAAAUCAUGAAAGGAAAUUUGCUUCUGCCGUCCUCAAAUAUAGCAACAGUGGGAGAAAAAUUAUCCGUGUCAAUAUUAUUUGGACAUCCUUAUUUCUAUGCCCCUUACUUCUGAAUAUCUAAACAGAAAUUUUGUACAAAAUGGUCCAAUUUUUUUUGAAAAUGGGCAUAUAUAUCAUCUGCGAACGAUAUGUAUUCCUUAUGUUUAUAAUUGUGAGGAUUAA